GCACCUUCUCUGGGUCGACCGAGGCACGCGACGCGUCCCAUCCACCUACGCAACUUGGGAUUCCCACAAAAAGAGAACAAAGAACUUGAAGAUUGGAAUUCUGUGCAAUCACUGACCUCUCAGAAUCGGAAAGUGCAGUGGCGUCAAAAUGAAGGUAGAAACACAAGAAAUCGACCGCAUUUUGCAAAAAUACGUGGGUGGUGAGGAGCCUUCGAAGUCUUUGCGGGCGGCUGGGUUUGUUGUGAAGGACAAGAAUGGCACUACAUUGUAUUCUCAGGCCUUUGGAAAAGCCACGUUCGACGAGAACCCGAAUUCCUUCUCCUCGGAUACCGUCUGCUGGGUGGCAUCGUUGACAAAGCUUGUCACGGCGGUAUGUGUCAUGCAGAUAGUCGAGAAAGGUCUUAUAGGCCUAGACGACGAUCUAGGCCAGACUGUCACGGAAUUGUCCGAUGUGAAGAUAUUGAAAGGUUUUGGCAGGGAUGGCACCCCAAUUUUGGUUCAAAAGACGAAACCGAUCACCUUACGUGUUCUCUUGACUCAUUCCAGCGGAUUUUGCUACGACUUUUUUGACCCGGCCAUGGUCAAAUGGUCAGCUGCUGUCAAUCGCACCACCAGCUCCGCGACACGCACCCUGGAGGGGCUGAUCUUUCCGCUCAAAUUUGAGCCCGGCGAGAGCUGGAUGUACGGGGUCGGGAAUGACUGGGCUUCACGAAUUGUCGAGGUCGUCAGCGGCCAGUCGUUCGAGACGUACGCCCAGGAGCACGUCUUUGGACCGCUGGGAAUGAAGUCCUCGACUUUUUUGAUCAACGACCAUCCCGAGCUUGCAAAACGUCGAGCUGCUGUUGCGUUUCGAUCCCCGUUGACAGGCGAACUAGCUGCUGGGGAAGAUCCAGGUCAUCUUGACCCAAAGCAAAUCAGUGGAGGCGCUGGACUUUUCACAACUCUGGAAGACUAUGCGAAGCUCCUGGGUGCUCUUGGGAGCGAUGACAGGACAAUCUUGAGCCCCGAGUCUAAGCAAGAGCUGUUCCGACCUCAAAUAUCAAACCCCAAAGACCUCCAGGCAUUUUGUGAUGGACCCUUCCACGACUCUAUUUGUCCCGAAUUCCCAAGAGGUCUUCCUGUCAAUUAUACACUGGCAGGCGAGGUGAAUCUUGAGGAUGUCCCCGGUAAACGCUCGAGUGGAAGUGUCAUGUGGAGCGGAUACACGAAUCCCCACUGGUGGAUUGAUAGAAAGACAGGCAUUGUGGGAACAUUGUUUACACAGAUCCUACCGGCAGGUGACGCCGUUGUAGCUGCCCUGUACGAUGAAUUGGAGCUUGCCAUGUAUCGAUCUCUCCGCGGGGAGGGCUCUGAGUAGACACACAGAUGCAACAGUGCUCAUAUAUCUGGGACAUACCACCUCCCUUGUCCAGAAUCAACUUCUCCGUGGUCUCAAUAGCUUUCAUUGCAUUCUCGAAGAUGCGACGACCUGGUAGCGCCAAACCGGCAUCACCUUUCCGCCAGGCGAAAUUCUUUUGUCAGACGCC